AUGGCCUCCUCCAGACCCCAGCGCACCCGCCGGCCACCCGUAUACUACGGCUACAAGCAAGAGGAAGACACAUACACCGAGUUCCGACCUCCCUCGCCUCCCAGAAAGCCCAUCGACACCCGCCCGCCCUUCGACCCCGACCUCGUCGACAAAUGCGCCUUCCCCUCUCUCGACCCCGUCACGCACGUCGGGCCGGGGCCGAGCGAGGUGUACAAAGUCCGGCGGCAACUUCGCGAACAACGAGAAAUCCCGAAGAUGAUGGAGUACGAGGCUUGGUACCAUGAGCGUAUUGAAAAGUUGAAGCUGAGGAAGCGGGUGGUGGGGAGGAGGGAUAUUAGCCCGUUUCCCUGCGACUGCUGUCAUAGACCUUCUAGAAGGGAGAGGGAUAGGAAUAGGGAGAGGGCGAUGGCGAGGUCGCUCGGUUUGAGCGUCGACGUUUGUCGCCAUGUUGACAAUAAGGAGAAAAGGGAAAGGUGGGAGAAGAGUCGGGAGAUGGAAUUUGAGUGGGACGUUGGAUCGUCUUUCUCUGAGGGAGAGGAGGAGGGGGAGGAGGAGGGACAAGAAGAGGACAGACAAGAAGGGGAGGUGGAGGAGGAGAAAAUUCAGCAAAGGGACAUGGGAGGCAAGAAGGUCAGACUGUUGCUAGUCGCGAGGAACGUGAAUUACAGGAAUCAGAUCGAGGCGGUGGCUGCUGUCGAGAGGGCUAGGAUCGCACCGCUCAGAGUUCGGCGGCCCUAA